UUAUCUUCCUUUUUCCUGGUAGUCACCUCCACGCCAUGGAACCAAGUAACAAUACACAAAUUUCACGAUUUCUUCUUCUGGGACUUUCAAAGGAAGCAGAAAUACAGUCCCUCAUAUUUGGGCUUUUUCUCUCCAUGUACCUGAUCACUGUGUUUGGAAACCUGCUCAUCAUCUUGGCUGUCAGCUUGGACUCCCACCUCCACACCCCCAUGUACUUCUUCCUCUCCAACCUGUCCUUUGUAGACAUCUGUUUCACCUCCACCAUCAUCCCAAAGAUGCUGCGGAACAUCCAGACACAGAGCCAAGUUAUCACCUACGAAGGCUGUAUCACGCAGAUGUAUUUUUACAUUUUCUUUGCAGAAUUAGAUGACAUUCUCUUGACAGUGAUGGCCUAUGAUCGGUAUGUGGCCAUCUGCCACCCCCUACAUUACAUGGUCAUCAUGAACCUCCGGCUCUGUGGAUUGCUGGUUCUGAUAUCCUGGGUGCUGAUUGCCUUGUAUUCCUUGCUACACAGCUUAAUGGUGCUGCGAUUGUCCUUCUGCCCAGAAAUGCAAAUCCCUCACUUUUUCUGUGAACUCAGUCAGGUGGUACAACUUGCCAGUUCUGACAACUUUCUUAAUAACAUAGUGAUAUAUUUUGCAGCUGUCCUGAUGGGUAUUGGUCCUUUUGCUGGUAUCCUUUACUCUUACUCUAAAAUAGUUUCCUGCAUAUGUAAAAUUACAUCAGCUCAAGGGAAAUAUAAAGCAUUUUCUACCUGUGUGUCGCACCUCUUGGGUGUAUCCUUAUUUUAUUUUACAGCCUUAGGAGUUUACCUUAGCUCUGCUGCUACCCACACCUCACAUUCAAGUACAAUUGCCUCGGUGAUGUACACUGUGGUCACACCCCUGCUGAACCCCUUCAUCUACAGUCUGAGGAACAAAGAUAUAAACGGUGCUCUGAAGAGAUUCUACUUUAUGCCAAGUUUAAAAGACCAAAUACCCUAG